GAGUCCCACCAGGACCUUUAUAUGGCAAACUGAAGAGUGGCACUGCAGUUGUCCUGUCAAACGGAGUCAGCGUUUCCCCGUCCGAUGUCCUGGAAGAGCCUGUUCCUGGCAGGAAGGUUUGCAUCCUGGGGGACUGCUCAGGGGUCCUGGGGGAUGUGCCCCUGCAGCUGUGCCACGGGGCAGAUCUGCUGGUGCACGAGGCCACACUGGAUGACAGCCAAGAGGAGAAGGCCAGAGAGCACGGGCACAGCACUCCGAGGGUGGCAGCAGCUUUUGCCAGGCUGUGCCAGGCCAAGAAACUGGUCCUGACUCACUUCAGCCAGAGGUACAAACCUGCUGCCCUGAGAGGAGAGGGAGAGCUGGACGUCACCGAGCUGAAGAGACAGGCAGAGUCUGUGCUGGGGGGCCAGGAGGUCACCCUGGCUGAGGAUUUCAUGACCAUAGAGAUACCCAUGAGAAAGUGA